AUGAUGGAGGGCGAGGGAGGUGAGGGACGAAAAUAAGAUAUAUGUUCAUUCCUUCUUUUCUUUUUUGUUUUGGUGGUAAACCUUUAUUCUUCAGAAGAAAGACGAUUUCUUUUAGGCUGCUGCUUGUCCUCGAACCCCGCUGGAACUCGACCGGGGAGGAGGGCGCGUCUCUCUGUCUUCUCUAUUUCUCUAAUGUCUUAUAAAGCGAUGUGAGAAGGAUAUGCUCUUUUAUUUCGCAUCUUUUCCGCGCUGGCAUGGUGGACGUGAUGAGUAGAGGCGUCUGUUUUGUCUCCUUAUUCGCCGUCCUUUCGGUUAGGACUGUUGGCUGGUUAUCCAUGAAUGGCGCGACGCUUUGAUUGCCGCUUCAUAAUUAAUUUGACGUAUUUUAGGCACAUGUUCUGAGUUCCCAAUUUUAAUGCAUCGAAAUCCUGGAAAACCGUUUUCCAUGCCUCCAGCCUCGGUUAACGAAACGGAAGCCAAGAAUAAGUAAGUUCGAUCUUCGAGUUAUUGUAUUUAUGUGUUUAGGUUGGCCAAUUAUGUGUACCAAUAUCUUUGCUACAAUGCACCUAAAACAGCUGAAGUGUUUGGGACGGAAGUGUUGAAUGGAGCGUCACCUCCAGUGGGAGACAGUCCAGGAUUCCUGAUGAAUUGGUGGAUGUAAGUAGUGAAGAUCGUUUAUUUAACUUGAUUUUAGGGUAUUUUGGGAUUUAUACAUUUCCACUCCAGACCGGAGAGAUAAGGAGACCCCAACAGCAGAAGCCAAAGCAUUCAUGGAGUAUUCUUAUUCUUCUGUCAAUGGAGGAGUACCUCCUGUAAGUUUAUUUAUUGUUCUGUGCAGUAAACAAAGCUAAUCAAAGUUUUGCUCAUCUAUUAAAAGUAAUUUUGUAUAGUUCUUGUAUAUUAGUUUUAUUUUUACAGUUUCCUAACCAAAUGGGCGUGGGAAUGGGACCGAACGUAGGUGAUUAUUAUCGGCCACAAGCUCCUAAUGCGUCUAAUCAGGCUUCGCCAGUUCCAGGAGCUAUACCAGGUAAUUUUUUGUGUUGAAUCACUUUUUUUAAUUUUAGGUAAUAAUUUGUUAAAUUUUAUACACUUGACGAUUUUAUGUAUUUUAAAAAAAUGCAUACCAUUGAAAUACACUACUUUUACUUACCUUAAUUUCUAUCUAACAACUUUAUUCAUACGAAUUUUUAAAAUCUUUUUUAACUAGUUUAUUGUUAUUUUAGGUUACCAAGGAUUUUCGCGUUACAUGCCUCCGCGAGCACAAAUGCCUAACCAAUUUCCACGAGCACCUUUUGAUCCCAGAAUGAUGCAUAUGCAGACGAAUGGUACUAGAAUGAACUUUAGACCACCUUACCGACCCUAUAUGGACUCGCCUAGCACACCUACAUUUGGAGUAAGUUAUUUUAGGGUUUGUAAUUAUUUUGUGUGAAAACAAAAAACUUUGUGACAUUUUAAUCUAAGAUUUCGGGUUUUAUCAAAGCUAUUUUAGAAUGGGAUGGUUAACGGAGCUCCUAUUAGUUCCACACCUUCGAUGAUGCCUAGUCCAGGAUCAAGUGGGCCAAUGCCUACAGACGCGAACAAUAUGCCUUCUCAGCAUUUUAACAUUAUGAUGAAUCCGAAUUUACAUCCAGGCCAAGUAAGUUCUGGUGGUCAAUUUUCAUUUUCUUGUUUUAGUUCUCUAUGAUGGACAAUUCUGCCGGAACACCGACUAGUUCAUCAGCCGGUCCAACAAGUGUACCGAAUAUGAAUGGUGCUCCGGCUAGUGUACCGAACAUGGGAAACCCGUCGAGCGUCGGCUCAGGACAUCAUAUUUCGGCGUCAGUCGGCUGUCAGAACGAUAACCAGCCAGGGGGGCAUCACAACAUGAUGAAUGGGAACGAGAUGGAUAUCAAGAUGGAGAUCAAGCAAUCUCCCUCAAAUAUGGUUGGAGGUGUUAAUGGAGGCACUCCACAACAUGUCGGACCUGGUUCCCAUCUUAACAACGACCCUCCUUCUGCUACACAACUACAUGGCCCGAAUUCAGUUCAAUCUCAACAGGGAGCUGCCAACUCUAAUGUGAACUUUGGCGCCCAGAACACACCUCAGAAUGCUCAGAUGACACCGACUUCUGGAGGUGACACUUCUACAUUGAUCGACUUUGCUGGUACAAACUUCCAUUCUGAAAAAGGGGCCAGAACAGAAAACGAGGAGAUUUCUAAAAUAAAGGCCAGCUUAAUAGAAGACUUCAAGGUCCUGAAGUGA